ACACAACUUUAGCUCAUUGUUACGGAGCGUUUGAUUUGUCUUCACCAUGCUAAUUCUGUAUAAGUAUUAAAGUUUGGCGAUACGACGUCGAUAUUUGUCAGGAGAUACAAGGAUCUACACAAUGCAAAAUGGACAAAAAGGAAAACACAGACAUCGCAUUUAAAACUACUGGAUGCACCUGGUUAAGUUCAGUCAGCGAUCAAUUUGGAGUUCCUUUGGAUCAGGUGAAUUUCAUUGCCUGUCAGAUUUUGGGACUAGCAGUUGCAUUUUGGUUUCGUCUCGGUCUCAAUCCGCAGCAUAACACCCCUGAGGUUCGACAUGCUGUUGCUACCAUUAUUGGAGCUUCAUUCAUUAUGUUUUGCUUCGGCUGGUAUGCCAUACAUGUCUUUAUCCUGGUGUUGGCUUGUUAUGGAAUUUUGAUCAAAUCCAGUGUAAGCAGUGUUCACAGAUAUACUAUGAUUGCAUCAGUAGGAUACCUCAUUGUUUGCCAAGUGAGCAGAGUCUUCAUAUUCGACUAUGGCAUCUUGUCCACGGAUUUCUCAGGCCCUUUGAUGAUAAUAACACAGAAGGUCACUACUCUUGCCUUUCAGGUACAUGAUGGUAUGUGUCGAAAGCAAGAAGAACUUAAAGAUGAUCAGAGGCGUCUGGCUGUACACUCUAAGCCAUCACUUUUGGAGUACCUAAGCUAUAAUAUUAAUUUUCUGAGUGUCUUGGUGGGACCCUGCAGUAUCUAUAAAGACUACAUAGAGUUUAUAAAGGGCCAGCAUGUCCAGCACAGGCUGAAAAGAGUGAAAGACAUCAGCUCUCAGCAGAAUGGCUGGGAUAAAGUGCCUGAACCAUCGCCUGAGAGGGCUGUGAUUAAUAAGCUUCUUGUGUGCGCGUGCUGUCUGCUCUGGUUCUUCAUCAUCACAAAAGCAUUCCCCAUAACAUACAAUGUGGAUCCACAAUUCAUCAGCGAGGCCUCUUUCAUUACAAGAUUGGCCUAUGCCUUCAUUUCUGUCCAAGCAGCCAGACCCAAGUUCUACUUCGCAUGGACCCUCGCGGAUGCCAUCCAUAAUGCAGCGGGGUAUGGAGUCAGUGGUGUGAAUGAAAGGGGAGAAGUGUCCUGGGACCUCAUCUCCAAUGUUCGCAUCUGGGAGAUUGAGACAGCGACAAGUUUUAAAUCAUUCAUUGACAACUGGAAUAUACAGACUUCUCUUUGGCUGAAAAGUGUAUGUUAUGAUCGAGCGCCAUAUUACCGCAUGCCACUCACGUUUGUGCUGUCGGCCAUCUGGCAUGGAGUUUACCCAGGAUACUACUUUACAUUCAUCACUGCUAUACCCAUCACCUUAGCAGCUCGCUCUGUGCGCAGAAACUUCCAGGAAUUUUUCUUGUCCCCUCCACUGCUCAAGAUCUGCUAUGAUGUUGUGACCUGGGCUGCCACUCAGCUGACUGUCUGCUACACUGUAAUGCCCUUCCUUCUACUUGCAGUGGAACCAACCUUGCAGUAUUACAGAUCAAUGUACUUUCAUGUGCAUGUCAUCAGCAUUCUGGCUAUGAUUCUUCUGCCCAGCAAACCCAGUUGCUUCAAGUCGGAAAUUCAUGCCCUGCACUCCCAACAAUAAUGUGAAGGAGGACUAAACCCUUCUGACCCUUCUGUUGUGUGUGUGUGUGUGAACUGGGAGAGCAGAGGCACUGAGAGACAAAAGCUACUUUGUGUGAAUAAACACAA